AUGGGUUGGAAUUGGAGCCUCUCCCCUUACCUGACUACACCCAGCACCAUGUGGUUACUAACUGCUCUUCAUUCACCUAUUGAUGCCUCCCAGAAAAAAACGCGGCCAAACAUCCAGGAAAGCCCAGCUGCUAUUCCACCAUCAACCACUGGAGGGCCCCAAACACCGCUAUGGAUCACCACAGCUUCCCAUCACCCACACUAGACAGGUGCCCAGCAAGCCCAUUGACCAGGACACCAUCACUUCCUGGGUAUCACCUCAGUUUGAUACAACAGCAGAAAGCUGGUUCCCAGCCAACAGGAAAGGGAAACAUCAUCACCAAGGCCAGGCAAGACAUUCAAGUCGAAAAUCUACCACCUCCAAGUUUCCACAUCUAACAUUUCAGAGUCCACAGUCUUCCAGUUCAGCCACGCUCGGAAGCCCCUUAAUCCAAGAGUGCCCCAAUCAUUCAGAAAAGGACGUUUCCCAAAGAACCUUAGUUCCAAUGCUCAGUCCCCCAAGCGGUGGGGAACUGUCAGCAUAUGUAUUUCAGAACUUACCUUAUAUGUUCAUUGCACCUGAUAUCCAGACCCCAGAGUCAUCUGAGAAGCGGGUGCUCGUUCCCCUAGAUCAGAGGGCAAACAGCCUGCCAAGCUGCUCCCUUCACACUAGUACUCCUGAGAGCCCAGAGCCUGGGCCUGUUUUGGUUAAAGACACUCCUGAGGAGAAGUACGGCGUAAAGGUCACGUGGAGGAGACGACGGCACCUGUUUACUUACCUCAGGGAGAGAGGGAAGCUGAGCAAAAGCCAGUUCCUUGUGAAAAACUGACUGGAUUUCUCAGACAUCAGUAAUCUCAAGAAAUUGAUUGCUGGUGUUCAUAGAGUUGCUAAAGUUACUUCUCUGGCUCACAGAAGAGUUCAUCAAUAGAAUAAAAUGGAAAUAAGACCAAUAACAUCAAUAGGAAAAGGUAUUUUUACCAGAGCCUGGAGUCAUAAGGGAAUUUAGUUCCCAGAUUUGCUUUUUAAAGUAUCAUAAACAGUUUUUAGUGUCAUAAACAGUUCACUUUAUAUUUUUCUUGUAUUAACUGUUUAAAAUUUUAAAAUAUCUUGUAACUAUUUAAAACAUGUGUAAAUAAAUGGUUGCAGAAAGUUUUUAGAGAA